ACCCCAAUGUCACGAUGAACGAACAGGGUCAUGUAGUCAUGGACCUGAUGUGCAUGAGGUGCUUGGAAGUAUGUGUUCUGAUGCAUGGCUGACAGACUCGACAUAAAGGGGAGCACAACACAAUUUGUUUCUGAUGGCAAAACAAAUUUCGAUGACAAAGAUAAACGUGAAUUGUUGGCAGUUGCACCUUACCGAAUCCACAUCGAAUGUGAAGUUUGCCACAGACAAUUUAUGUUUGUAAGCAGCUUGAGUAUUCUGUUUCAUACGUUAACCCUGUAUUCACCAAGACACAUUUGCUUUUAGUGGGCUCAGGUUCCAAUCUUCUACCAAAACUACGACUGUCAUUUUCAAAUUUCACCUCUCUCCAUAUCUCUGUUAUCUGACAAAAGAAAAAAAUGGGGACUCUUGUAAUUUUGGUUAUCACUUCUCUUUAUAUGUGUAAGGUUCCUGUCCACAAGGACGUUUUGGGGACUCCUGUAGCUACUCCUGCAACUGCGGCUCGUCUUGUAACAGUACAACAGGAGUUUGUGCUGGCGCCUGUGAUGUUGGAUGGAGGGAAGGACAUGGGUCACUCUGUCAAAAGAAAAAUGUUGCCUACGGAAAACAAGCAUCAGGUUCAGGAGACGCAUACCUCUCAAGAGGUUGGACUCCAGAGAAAGCUGUGGACGGGAACAGAGACCAGGACGUAAACAACCGCUCCUGCUAUCAUUCAAGUGACUACCCGACCUUCUGGUGGGUGAACCUGGCUACUAUGUACAGAAUAAACUCCGUCAGGAUCUACAACAGGGCUGGAUAUCCGCAUAGACUGGCAAACUGCAGCAUCUCUGUUGGACUAAGCCCUGACUCGACAGACGUCUGCUACACUUUUCCAUCGAAUCCCAAGGACAUCUCUGACGUCAUAGACCUGACAUGUAACGGAGAAGGGAGAUUCUUCAUCAUCAGGAACCCAGGCAGAGCUCCUUCACUGGAUGAUUCCCUAAAUAUAUGCGAGGUGGAGAUAUAUGUUUGUUCAGAAGGAACUUUCGGCCCUAAUUGUAGCGAGUUCUGUCACUGCCUGAACUCAACGUGUGACCACGUGACAGGGAAGUGUCCCGGUGACUGCCGCCCAGGCUGGAAGGGGCAAAACUGUUCCACACGCUGCUCCCGUGGGUCGUCAUAUGGUAUAAACUGCAACAAAUCCUGCUCCAACCGGAACUGUAUCAGUGAGAGUUCGUCAUGUGAUCCCCGCAGCGGGUCAUGUGACAGUGGAUGUCGAGCUGGAUGGAGAGAAUCUGACUGCACACAAAAAUGUGACAGUCUUCACUAUGGGAACAACUGCAGCCGAAAGUGUGGAGAACGACACUGUGCCCUCAACACUUCCUCCUGUGAUCAUGUGACUGGGGCAUGCGACACUGGUUCAUGCCAAGCUGGAUGGAAGGGAGGUACAUGCACUGAAGAAUGUACCAAUGGCACAUACGGCCCCAACUGUCUGAAGAAGUGCGAUGACAGACACUGUGACGGUACUUCAAGCUGCCCCAGGGUUGACGGGGGAUGCACCACUGGAUGUGACAAAAGGUGGGCAAGGCCGGACUGCUCUGGAUGCAAAAAUGGGACUUAAGGGCCUGACUGUAGUCGUUAUGG